AUGGUUGGCAAAAGCUCCCACGGUGACACUGCAGCUGGUGGUGGCCGUGGACAUGAUUAUAUUGAAGAAAGUAUAAACAGCAGAACUAGCGGUGGUGGUGGCAAUAAUUCUUCAUCUACUGGCAACACAUUGCAGCCCAUCUUCGAUAAAGUCACGCGUCGUGUAUCAAAGUGGAUCUCCUCGAGCUUUUCCGCUCGCAAGGACGAUGUCAUGAAAGUAUUGUCGAUAGAUCUCCCGUUUCUCUUCUACGAGAGAUGUAAAUCGGCGUUAACGAAAGCGGGAUACAACGGCAACGACACUUUUAGCAGACUACAUGAAAGAUAG